AUUCUUGAUCAUAUAUAAUUCUCUCAAACAAUUAGACAAAUGGCCCAGAUAAUUCACAUCGACUUACACAUGUAAAUGACCAUAUGGAAUCCCUUACCCCACUGGUUCUAGUGCUACUAAUGGUUUUCCAAAACAGUGUAUCAUGGACCACAAUAAUUUCAAUUACUAUACCUAACAAACCAUUAUCUCUCUCCCUCAUUGUUUUUCUCUCAUCUUCCAAAGCAUUCCAUAAAUCACUAACAUUAAACAAACUAAAAUCGAAAAAGAAAAAAAAAACAUCAUCGGGCGAUAUGCACUACCACGGGUGCUGUUGUGGACGGUGUGGAGUAUCCACGUCGCCGUUGCCGGUAAUAGUCAUGAUCAUGGUGGCGCUCGUCCUCCUGGCGCUUUCCUCCGCCGUAAAAUUUGAGGUUUCCCUCUCCUCAGGCGAAGAUAUGCUAAGCUGGCUCCUCCUUGCUGUGGUUCCAUUGGCUCUGCUCUUUGCCGUGCGGUGUUUCUCUUGCCUUGAAACGUCGAAGCGAUCCGUUUACUACUGUCCCUGUGGUCGCUGGAAAUGCGUUUGCUACUACUAGCUAGUUUUGACCGCGGUUAGUUUCGUUGCGUUUACGUUUAUGUAAGUAAAUCAAUAAUUUCGUUUUUGUAGGUAUUGUCGAUGUUAACGUGAGGGAUAUAUGUGGCGUGAUCAUCGACUUUGGUGUGUUAAUUUGACGAACGUGAUCAGCUAUAAUAUUCAAUCUGAUAAUUUUUAGCUGUUUACAUAAACUUAUAUUUGUGUGAUCUUGGAUAUAUAAGUUUCGAAACCAAGCAAUAUUAUUUCCAGAAAAAGAAGCAAUGGAACUGAACCGUAUAAUUUUAGGUAUAUAUUUUAUAUGAAAUGAUAUAAUAGCAAAAGCAUUUCAAAUCAAUCCGAUCGAUCUCUUCAUAACUAAUUAAUGAAGUUGAAAUUAUAUUUCUUCCAAAAAAAAAGUUGAAAUUAUAUGAGUGUAAUUAUGCUAGUUUGUUGUAAUUAUAUAGAUAAGCCGUAAGAACUUAGGUGGGUAAAGGUUAGAAAGAUCAAAUAAUCUUCGUCAUCUUUGAAUUUUUGUAUAGCUUAGGUUAAAGGGAUUAUAAGUCAUUUUUGUCAUCUUUGAAUUUUGGGAGUUGCUUAUUGAAGAGGUGAUUAAUGAUAACAGUUAAAGCAAAAGAAAAUAAGGAAAUGAGAUUAUGACGCUCCACCAACAAUUGGAUAUUUAGGUGUGUAGGAGGAGCCCAUCACGAAAGAGAAAAGCCAACAUAUAAAUGAAAUAUCUCAGUAGAAUAACCAUAAAAAAUAAAAGAAAAAAGAUUUUAUAGAGAGAAAAAAAAAAGAGAUAGGAAAAAAAGAACAAGGACAAAGAAGAAGAUUUUAGUUAGAUAAUAAAUUUUUUUUUUUUUUGGUGUUAUUAGGCAUAAUAAAAAAGAUAAGAAAAAAAAAACAAGUUAGAUAGUGAAUUAUAUUAUUCUUUUAUAAUUAAUUUCCCAAACUUUAACUAGUGGAAACAUAUAUUUUUAGACAAAAGAAACCGAGCUUACUAAUUUGAAAAAAUAAUAACUUUGAUACUUACUAU